ACCCAGGAGAAGGCUGGACCGCUGAAGAAAACCAAGAUUGCUGAAGGGGGCAGGAAACUGAAGAAGAAUUGGUGCACGGCCUGGGUGGUUUUAGCUGGCAACAGUCUUGCCUUUUACAAAGAAAUAAAGUCGCAGACACCAAGCACCAAGGGGGAUCGACCAGAGAGCAGUGUGGAUCUGAGGGGCGCAUUGGUCGAGUGGACCAGGGAUAUGUCCAGCAAGAAGAACGUCUUCUGGCUACGGACAGUGACAGGGAACGAGUAUCUUCUCCAGGCUGAGAACGAAGAUUACAUCAAUGACUGGUAUCAGAUCAUCCACAAAGUCAUCAACGAUCUGGCAGGAUUCAAGGAGAAUCCUCUGGAUCACCAGCUGGUUUACCCCCCUACGUCGAACAGCCAGCCGCCGAAUUGUUGGAUUCUCAGCAUUGAUUUUCUCUGA